AUGCCUCCAAAAUCAAAGGACAAGUACACUGACCCCAAGCUCCGAGAGGAAGUGAAAGAAGAGAUUAAGCAGUCCGACAAGGGCGGCGAACCAGGACAAUGGUCAGCCCGCAAGGCACAAAUGAUGGCCGCCGAGUACAAAAAGCGCGGCGGCGACUACAACACACCCAAGUCCGACAAGGAUGAGUCAGCCAAGAACCUCGACAAGUGGAACGACGAGGACUGGCAGACUAAGGAUGGCGAAGGACAAGCUAAGAAGGCUGACGGGUCGCGGAAGCGCUACCUACCGAAGAAGGCGUGGGAGGAGAUGGACGAACAGGAGAAGAAGGAGACUGAUCAGAAGAAGCAGGCGGCGAGUAAGGACGGGCAGCAGUACGUCGCGAAUACGACGAAGGCGAAGCGGGCUAGGAAGAAUGCUCAUGAGGAAGGGGAGGCCGAUGGUGACCAGGAGCAAGAGAAAGGAGGCGACCAGGAUGGCGAGGAAGAGGAACAGGAGGCGGAGAAGCCGAAGCGUGGACGACCAAAGAAGGCCGAGACCAAGAAGUCCGACACGAAGGAAGACUCGGAGAGUGCGAGCACAGGUCGGAAACGAGGUCGUCCGAAGAAAGAAGAUGGGGACGAGGCUAAAAGCGAGGAGCCUGCUCCAAAGAAAGGCAGGGGCGGUGGAAAGACCGUCGGCUCUCGCCAUGACAAGGCAGAGCCGCCAGCUAAGCAGGCAUCAGUGAAGAGACUGCCAAAGAAGGGACAGAACCCGGCAUACUGGAAAGCCAUGCCUGGCUGGGUCGACGGAGAGGUAGUUGAGAUCGUGAAGACUUCAAAAAAGAUCGACGGCAAACAAGUGAAAGCAUCGAAGGACGAUCCGAAGGUUGUGCUGAAAAGCAAUUCGUCCGGGAAGAUCUGCGUACAUAAGAUCGAUAAUGUGUAUUUCGACUAA